GAGUGGGCAAGGUGUGGCCGCUAUGACCAAUAAUUUUUGCAAUAAAACAUCUAUUGCAUUAAGUAACGCAAUAAUGUAUAGGAAAAUGCCACAGUUUUGACACAGCAGUACAACAAUUUGGGUUGGCCGGCAUCGCAGCAGUCCCCAGGUGGAGUCUGCACUCAGGUGACAGAGGCCGGCUGGUUAGUCUGAGGGAUCAAGAUGGUCGGGGCCUUGCUGCACUUCUCUGCCCUGCGGCGGCUGGUGGCGCCCUCAGCCUCGCGCCCCCUCCUCCAGGCGGGGCUGCAGCACGCCAGGCAGUCCUCGCACUUCACCUACUACCCUGACACUGUCCCGGAGUCCUACGGCGAGACACAGCGACUGAACCUGUUCCAGUCCAUCAACACUGCCUUAGAUCAUGCUCUUGCCACAGAUGAUACUGCAGUCAUAUUCGGUGAGGAUGUUGGCUUCGGUGGAGUGUUCCGCUGCACCAUUGGUCUUCAGGACAAGUUUGGGAAGGACCGUGUGUUCAACACUCCACUCUGUGAGCAAGGCAUCGCAGGCUUUGCCAUCGGCUCAGCUGUUGGGGGUGCCACCACCAUUGCUGAGAUGCAGUUUGCUGACUACAUCUUCCCAGCAUUUGAUCAGAUAGUGAAUGAGGCUGCCAAGUACCGCUACAGGUCCGGGAAUCUCUUCAACUGUGGCAAGCUGACCAUUCGUGCUCCAUGUGGUGCUGUCGGUCAUGGUGCGCUGUAUCACUCCCAGUCCCCAGAGGCCUACUUCAGUCACACUCCUGGCCUGAAGGUGGUGAUACCGCGUGGCCCCAUCAAAGCUAAGGGUCUGCUGCUGGCCUGCAUCCGAGAUGACAACCCAUGCAUCUUCCUGGAGCCGAAGGUGUUGUACCGCUCAGCUGUCGAGAUGGUGCCUUCCCAAGACUACACACUUCCUCUCUCCUCGGCUGAUGUAUUAGUAGAGGGGGAGGACAUUACCCUGUUGGCAUGGGGUACUCAGGUGCAUGUGCUGAGGGAGGUGGCCGAGUUGGCCAGACAACAGCUCAACGUGUCCUGUGAAGUGAUUGACCUGGUCACCAUCCUGCCCUGGGACCAGCAAACUGUCUUCAAUUCCGUCAAGAAAACCGGCCGACUGAUUGUAGCGCACGAGGCUCCCAUCACUAGUGGGUUUGGGGCAGAAAUCGCAGCAGCAGUGCAGAAUGAGUGCUUCCUCCACCUCGAGGCACCAGUGGAGAGGGUCUGUGGUUUCGACACUCCGUUCCCACACGUCUAUGAGCCAUUCUAUCUGCCUGACAAGUGGCGGUGUCUGAGUGCUGUGAAAAAGCUGAUGAGUUACUGAUCUUCAGGAGUUCUGUCACAUCAGGUAGGGUUCAAGUGAAUGGCUUUAGCAUAGCUUUGUACAUUAGGUUCAGUAACUUACUACUGAUUAAGCUUGUUAAGAUUUAAGAUUUUAGUGCAUCUCAUGAGAUGAGGGGGUGCACAGCUUGGUCGUGGAUUAGCUAGUGAUAAGAUAAACUUGCUGAGAAGGGGGGGGGGAAUGAUUUUCUAACCUAAUGAGAAAGGAGUAAAGACUGAACUCCUCACUGUGCAUAACACAGGGCUCCAGUCCGCACACAACUGUAUAAAAUGUUGCUAAAUUCGUCCACAUUUUCACAAACGGCAUAUUAGAUAUAUCCGUCAAUUUGUUCAAACCAAUGCAGAAUGAGUAAUAUUUGACAAUAACAAAUGCCGGCAACAUGAAAAUUUUUACUUGAGCUUCGUACCCAAACUGGUUACUUGCAUGCAUAUUCACCAGCUGGUGAAAAUGACAACGAACUUGAUCAUUCCUUCAAAUUCAUUACAUUAAAGCUCAUCUUUGCUAGUACUAGUCAGUCAGUAUUAUUGAGUAUUGGAGUUUGAUGGUGAGGGAACAUUGGAGACACUUCUGCCAUUGUCCACCCCCUGGGGGAAACAGGGCUUCGAAGAAACAGGCAAAUAAAAGUAAGAUGGUUUAUUUCUCAUACAAUGUUGGCUUGUUCGUACAAAAUCUUGUACUUAUGUACAGCUACUUCUCGGUUUCAUUGUUACCUGUGAUUAUUAGGGUAGUUCGCUAAUCCACCCCAUUUAACUAAGUGGGAAAAUAGGUUGAACACACUACUUUUCAUUAAUAAAUAUGAUCAUUUCUCAUAACAUGUAGUACUGUAAAAAUAAAUGUAUAUAUAUAUUUAAUACUGUUUAUGUGUAGAUGUAUAGUUUGCAGGGUUGGACAAUAGUUUUAGUUUUGAUAACGUCCAGUGUAAUAAAGUAGUACAUCCAACUUGUCUGAUCAAUUUAAUAAUAGUGUUAUAAUCACAAAACUUCAUUAAAAAAUGGAUCUGGCCUAUGAGUUCUACUGGUAUACCAGUUUCUGCAAAUUAACUGGAAGAAAGAAUGUGCCCAUGGCCGGUGAAACAUGCAGAGUCAAGACUUCAGGACGACUCAUUUGGUAGAAGUACAGCCUAAAGCUGUUCACACCAAACGAGUCAGUCUUUACACAAUUUGUCAGUCAAGGGGACAUAAUUUAAAUAAACUGUUCAGACCACU